ACGCUGACGUGUUCAAUUUCAAUUUGGCGGAUGGAAUUCAGCAUCCAAGCAUUUUUUGGGUCCUACGGCCGAGAUGACGAUGUGGCGGCCACGCCUUUCCCGCCUCCUCCCUCCUCGUUCCCUUCACAAUCCAAGGCACAGAACUCCUCCCGUGGUUGAAGUUCGUAGCAUGGAUCCUCGAUUCGGUCCGAGGAGGCACGCCGAUUUCCGGAUUUGCAGCGUCUCUGGUUUCAAAACGGAGGUGCUUGAGUUGCGGGCAAGGAAUCCUUCUGUUUGUGUGUUGGUGAUCCCGGGAAAUCCAGGUGUUGUUUCCUUCUACAGGGAUUUCGUUGAAGCAAUCUACGAAAUGCUUGAUGAAAAUGCUUCAGUCAUAGCGGUUGGACAUAUUGGCCAUACUCAAAAGAACUGGGAAAGAGGAAGGUUGUUUACGCUCCAGGAUCAAAUCAAACAUAAGAUAGACUUUGUAAAUCAAGAGCUUCAAAGUACCAGAACUCCGAUAGUGUUGGUUGGUCACUCUAUCGGUGCAUACAUAUCAUUACAAAUUUUUAAGCAAAUUUCUUCUCAGGUUCAAUUUACUAUAGGCUUAUAUCCAUUUUUAACUCUGAACAAGAAAUCAUUGCAACAGUCAAUAAUAAGGAUCAUUACGAGAUCAGCUGUCCUAUCGACUUUUUUGAGCACUACUGCUGCAGUAUUGGGAUUAAUUCCAAGCUUUGCAUCCAAGGUUCUCGUCAGAAUAAGUAUGGGCAAGCAAUGGUCUACUACAGCUGUUGAAGCUACAUGCAGUCAUCUACUGCAAUACAAUGCAGUGCGAAAUAUGUGCUUUAUGGCAAUGACGGAAUUUGAAAAGUUUUCAGAAGAAGGAGAUUGGGAGUUCGUAAGAGAGAAGCAGGAUCAAAUUGCAUUCUUAUUUGGUACUGAUGAUCACUGGGGACCACUCUCAUUGUUUGAAGAGAUCUCUGGACAUGUUCCAAAUGUUUCCUUGUCAAUUGAAAGGGAGGGCCAUAAGCAUGCGUUUUGUUGUACAAAAGCUGGAUCUGUAUGGGCUGCUCAGUUCGUAGCAACCCGUGUCAAACACUAAGGAGAUAGAGCUUGGCUUCAGGUAGUACGUAGUAAUCUCAUCCCUUGGUGCUCGAUGUUCCGGCUGAGCGAGAGGCCGGCAACCCAGUGCCUGGAUAAGUCAUAAGAGCCCAGUGGCUGCCCCCAUUCCUUCUUGCCUCCAACUUUCUGGGCUGCUUCUGUUCGAUGUUAAUGACGAUAUGUUUUACUCUACGUUCCUAUUUCAAAAAUAUGGAGAGUAUACAGAUUGGUGGAAACUGUACCAUAUGAUUCAUGAGAACAGUAGAGAUCUCCAAUUAAAUUAUAAUCUUCUUUUUUGGGUUGGCAAGCACGAAAUGUUACUUUAGCUUUCACUGGGAAGCGAUUGGGACAUUUGCAAGUGAAUUUUGCGUAAAUGUUACAAGUUGUUAAGAGA